CAAUAUGGCGGACGAUCUGUACCUCCUCACAUUUUCCAGAUAUUUUCCAUCCAUUUAGUACAAAAAAUAUAAACGUUUAUGCCAUGCCCCGAGUCAGUAGAUAUUUUAUACUCGUAAUCGACACCAGCAGGUGUAUUUCGAAUGCAAGACUUUUUACAACAUGUAGUAAACGAGGAGGUACCUUCACAUGUGGUCAUAUGAUAAAUUCUGGCAAAUAUUUUCCGCCAAAACGUCCAUUUCCGGCAGCUUUACAGUGUUCAAAAUUAUCACAAGACAGCCGACUAACAAGAAUAAGAAAAACUCUACCUGAUGAAAUAUGGUCAAUUAUCAUUGUGGCACUGGGUGGUGUUCUUGUAUUUACAUAUACACAAUAUGAAAAAGUUCUGUAUGGCAAAAGGAGCCCCCCAAGCUUGCAAAACAAGUUAAAGAUGGCUAAGAAAAAAGCUUUAGAUGGAGACAAAACACAGUCAAUCAUAUUGCUGAAGGAGGCUCUUGAUCUUAUACAUGAUUAUCUUAAAGAAAUUAAACAAGAUUCAGGUGAAGAACUUCAUCUGGAUGACAAGGAUACAAUAAAAGUGCAAAAGUACCUCACUUAUGUACUGGAACAGCUGGCAAAUCUCACAUUUGAGCUUCAGAGAUGGAAUGAGGCAGAGCAUUAUUUCCGCCUCUUACUAAGAGACUUGUUGUCACAGGAAACUCCUAAGGAUGAUGAUAGUGUCAUUGAGGUGUCACUGAAGCUGGCUCUUGCAUGUGCUCAUCAAGACAAGCAUGCUCUAGCCACACAAGGUUUCCAGUGGGCUACCAGUACAAUACAAAAGAAAGUGGAUGAGCUACCAGCUACAACAGACAAUAGUAAGGCACUGUUAGGUGUGUGUCUAGAAGGUUGGGGCACUUAUCUACUGGCUCACGAUAAGCCCGCACAAGCAGCCCAACUGUUAUCAAAAGCCUUGAAUAUUUCCAAGGAGGUGUUGGGAGAAGACCAUGAACAGACGACAGUGAUCCUUAACAACCUUGCAAAAGCCCACGCGGAAAGUGGCAACUAUGAACACGCAGAAGAACUUGCUAGAGAAGCGAUACGCAUCGCCGAGAAGACACAAAGCACACAUCUCUCUCGGUUUAUGGCCAACCUGGGAACAAUUCUUAAUUUGGAAGGAAAUGUAGUGAAAGCUAAGGAAGCUUUGAAGAGUGCGCUGAAACUAGCAAACGAAGCCAAGGACGAAGAAACUAAAGAAAUGAUUCAUAACAGUUUGACUGAGAUGGACAGUAGUCCCUCAUAAUGAAUCAAGAAUUGUGUCGAUUCUGUUAGAAAAGGAGAAUUUUAUAGAGGUCGAGAUGUUACAGUAAUGGGACGCUUUUUGACAAACUAGAGCGCUGCUCAAGCAAUAGACCACACUUUCUAUCCGUUUACCGGCGCGGAAUGUCGAAAGAACACUGAAAAAAAUUGUAAAAAAAGAGCUAAAUGGGUUUUUUACGCCGGUGAACCGAUAGAAAGGGCAGUGUGUUUCUAUGGUUUACUGGUGCAAUAAACGAUAGGAUUUUGACCAA